AUGGAUACGCUGAACGACACCCUUAGGUCGACGGGGGAGGAGGAUGACGACGACAAGAGACUUAUCUAUAUUCUUCAUGGCCUGGUCGUCUUCAUUUUCGCCGUCCUGAUCAUAUCCACCAACAUCUUGAACCUCGUCGUCAUCCCUCGCCUACCUGACAUCAACGAAGCCAGUAAAGUCUUCUACAACUGUUUGUCCUCUGCUGAUAUUCUUCUCGGUGUCGUUAUCCUUCCAGCUUUGCCUUCUGCCAUCGUUGGUGAUUGGCCUUUCGGAGAUGUCGUCUGCAAGAUCUUUGGCUUCGGUUUGACGCUAGUCGCCGGUCUAUCCUCCGCUAGUUUGCUGCUCCUCAAUCUGGAUCGCUUCUUCAGUAUAGCCUCUCCCCUCCGCUACAUGGCCAUCAUGGAUCGGCGAAAAGCUGUCAUCAUCGCCACCAGUUCGUGCAUCGUUGAGGCAUUAGUCUUUCUCAUCGUAACAUUCGUGAACCCCCUAGGACCGAGAAUCAUUCAGUACUCCAAACUGGGCAUCUGCAACAUAACUUUCUACGAACCGAGCUUCAUCGCGUACUCGCUCGCGAUCUUCUCACUUUGUGUCUGGUCUCUCAUUCCCAUCCUGGCCAUCAUGUACGCACGGAUCAUUUGCAUAAGCAGGAGACACGUGAGACGUAUUCAGGCCCAGGAACUCACACCUCGAAUCCUCAAAGCAGCCGGGAGCGACGAGCCGGACUUACCGGACGAAAGGCCUCUCGUGGUGAAGAAGAAUGUCAACCACAAAGCGAUACGCAUGACGCUUUUGGUGACGGGUACCUACGUCGCGGCAUGGGCACCCUUCACAAUAUGCAAAAUAUAUCGUUCCAUGGUAACCCACGACGUUUCGAUCAUCAUCAGGGCGUUGGUGUGCUGGCCCCUGCUUCUUAAUCCUCUGUGUAAUGUGAUCAUCUACUCGGUGAUGAAACGUUCUUAUCGGACUUUGGCGCGAAAUCUACUGAAAGGUUGUUUUCGAUGUUCCCUAGCAGAUCUUCGUAACGCAACACCUCGUGACAUUCUCGUCUAG